UUUUAAGCGCAUUAUAUUGGCCGUUCGUUGCCUUGGUGAUGGCAACGGCUUCCUUUGCUAAAGUGUGAGCUAACUACGUUAGCUACGGUUGUUGUGAAGACAGAAUGGAAGCGAAACACAGCAUCAGUCUGGCAAUGCUAAGUGAGGAGCUGGAGAGAAGAACCAAAGAGACUCUGAAGCUUCAGGAAGAAGUUGAACAAGCCACCAAACUCACUUUGGAAAACAUGGGUCGUGCAUUCAGCAGCACAGACAUAUCAGGAAAUCGUAUUUCUACACGUCAUGAAGCUGAGGGAUGUCAAGAUUUUGGAGUUAACAGCCCAGAUUCUUACAUCUCUCUAAUAAACUCUGAUGUGGAUGUGAAUGGUGCAGGUUGUCUAAAUAUCCAAGGCAGAGAUGUUCUUGAACUUGCACUAGAGGAUUAUUCACAGCAAGUCUCAGACCUCCAAAAGCAGAUAAGAGAGACGUAUGAGCUACACGAACUGCAGAAGUUUAAUUUUCAUCAGUCCGUAAUCAAAUUAGAAAACAAACUGCAAGAAAGCCAAAGUGAGAAAGAUCUCUUGGAAAACUUAAGACUAAAAGAAUCUGAGAAAAAUGCAAAGCUAUCGGAGCAGCUGCAGGCAUCUCAGCUGGAGCUGCACUUGCUAAAGCAGGCAGAAGGCCACAAACUGAUGGAAGCUGAUGACAAAUUGAAGACCUUAAACAGGAGAUCAGAGAUGAUGACACAAAUGUUGCAGGACAUCUUUAUUAGGCUUUCAGAUUAUGAGAAGCGAAGUGGAAAAAGUAGCUGUUUUUGCUAUGACAGAACAUUUAACCCUGGCCAGCUUCAUCUGGGACCUGCAGUGGAGAAAGCACUACUAGACCUGGAGAAUGACAACCGUGGCCUCCAGGAAAAACUGCAAAUGGUGCAGAGACAACUGAAAGACCUGCAGGAAGAGGGUCAAGAAAAAAAAGAGUGUCUUCUACAGGAUUAUAAGGAAAGAAUGGAGAAACUCAUUACCAGUCAUGAGCAGAAGGUGGCGAUGUUGAAAGAGAAAUUGAAAAACUCUCAGACUACCACAGAUGCCCUGCAACACCAUUUGGAUAUAUUACAACAACAGCUCCAGGGCCAAACCAAACAGCACCAAUCAGAGAUGAGUAAUAUGGAGUCUGUUCUCUCUCUACUGCGCUCAGACCUGCUGGAGAAACAGAAGAGCUACACGGCUGAAGUCAGUGUUCUGGAGGAGGCGCUGUCUCAUGCAAAAUCCCUGGCAGAGCAGGUCCAAAGAGAGAGAGACCUUUUACUCCAGCAAGCUGAGGAUCAGGACACCAAGCUGUGCAGACUUACAACAGAGCUCCGUCAGACUGCAGAGGAGCUGUGCCAAGAGCGGCAGCAGAGGCAAAAACUGGAGCAGCGCAGUCUUAGAGUCCAGCAGAUUGAAGAUCUUGUCCGAUCUCCUAGAGAUCAGUGCCAGAGGCAUGAGGAUGUUCAGGGGCAGGGCAGCAGGGAGGCCAGGAGGCUUCUGUCUCUUUCGGAUGAACAAGGUGCAGAGCUGCCACUGAAGCAGCCAGAAGUUCAGCAGGGCCAGGCUCAGCUGGUGGAGGCGCACACCCAGGUGCAGGCACUAAAAACUGAGGUGGAGCUGUUGAAGCUCAGACUGGAAGAUGGAAAAAAAAGUGGUGAGUUGCUUAUGAGGCCUCUGGUGGCCUUGCAGAAGGAGAGGAAGAGCUUGGCCAAGCAACAUGAAGCGCUCCGGCUGGACAACCAGCAGCUGAGGGCUGCCCUUCUGGAGGCAGAACUGAGGCUGAGUGCUGUGGAGCAGGAGAAGUCCCAACGGUGCGCAGCUCUGUCAGAGAGAGACAGCAGCAUCCACCAGCUAACUCUGGAGAAACAGCACAUGACUGCUGAGCUGGCUCUCCAGCGCAAGGAGUUAGACCAGUUAAAAGAAGAGCAAGAGGUUUUAAGAGAAGAACACAGAAGGAAAACCGAUGAGCUGCAAUGGCAGAACAGCAAGCUAAAAGCCCAGCGUAAUACCAUCCAAAACGACUUGGAGAAAGCCAAGAGUACCCUCAAAGCACUGGAGGGUGCUGAUGAACAUGGACUAAAGGUUGCCUUGGGCAUCCAGAAGCAGAUCACUGCCAAGCGAAAACAGGUUGACUUACUUCAGAGCCGUGUACAGAUGCUGGAGGAGAGCACAGAAAAUCUUACUCAGGAGAAGAAUGAGCAGGUGAUGAAGAGCAAACGUCAAGCACAAAUGCUACUUUUUGAGAGGGAGAGAAGAAAAAGGCUUGGAACUGAGUUGGAGGCUUACCGUACAAAGGAGAACCUGCUGAAGAGCGAAAUUGAGAGGCUUGCCACAGCUCUGAACAAGGUUCUCUUAAAUCUCAUGAUGUCUGACAGUUUUGUAGAGUGCCAAGAGUACAUUCAGAAACAGCAGCAAGAGAUCAUGAGGCUGAAACUCCAGCACACACUAGAGCUGAAGGAGGGCCAGAACUUACGAUCCACAAGUGCCAUAACUGAGCAGGAACAAGACUUACAAGCUACAAACAACAUCUACACAUCACCCGUCACCAGCCCAUCAAUUCCAGCACAAAUACCCUUUCAAGCUCAGUCUCCCAGCAUAAAUAUUAGUAGCCAGAAGUGUAGCCCAGUUGUGGAGCUGCAGAGCCUGGUUAAAGAGCUGCGCAGUGUGAUCGAUAUGGAGCAGAGCCCUGAUACAAGCUACACCAGCACAAGGAGGAGUAGAAAAGAUGAAGUGACCUGGAACACUGAAGGUGAAAGUGGGAUGACGAGGACAAGUAUCAGUUACAAUGAGCAAGAUCCAGUUCAAGUCCCUAACUUCAAACAGGACGUGAACACAGCUAACAAGGAACCUGGACUGAAAGUUUGCCAUCCUCAGGACAGUUCAUUUUGUGUAGCAGCAUUGGGACGGCGGUCUCCAGUACACUCCCUCCUGACCUCUGUCCUUCCGAGCAAUACCCAUUAUAGCCACAGGACACAAAGCCCUGCAUGUUCUGUGCAAAUAUCUAUCAUUAAGCAAGCUGAAAUAACAAGGCAGACAUGCAAGAAACAGCAGAGCAAGCUGACUAGACUUCAGAACAAAGCAGAAGAUCAUCAAAUAAAGACUCAAGAAAUGACCUCUGUGAUUAAAAGCCAGGAAAAGAUGAGGAGGAUCAAAGAGAGAAAAACACUCAAAAAAGAUAAGCGUCUAGACCAUACAGAGGACAGAAGAAUUAACUUACAAAGCAAAUAAAUGUUUUUUUUUUUAAUAUAAAAAUGGAAUAUAAACUUGAUAAAUGACUAUGAUCUGGCAAAAAGUUAUUUAAACUCAUAAUUUAAAUAAAGGACAUUUCCAAAAUUUUUACAGUUAA